AUGGAGAAAUUCGACGUUCUGAUUUGCGGCAGCGGGUCUGCUGGGCUCUGCGCCGCCACCUGGCUUGCUAAGUAUGGUGUGCGGUGUAAAGUACUAGAACGGCGCGAGGGUCCCAUGAAGAUGGGCCAAGCUGAUGGCGUGCAAUGCCGCACCGUGGAGAUCUUUGAAAGUUUCGGCAUUGGAGAAGAGCUUCUGCGUGAAGCAUACCAUGUUCUCGAGGUGAACUUCUGGGCCGACGAUGGCGCCGGCGCCAUCAAGCGGACAGGUCGGACGGCGGAUACCCAGCCGGGCCUCUCACACCAGCCUCACGUUAUUCUGAACCAAGCACGUAUCAACGGACUGCUCAUUGAGCUGAUGAAGAACUAUAAUGACCAACAAAUCGACUAUGGCUACAACGUGACCGAUGUGAAGGUUGAGAGCGCCUCUGCGGAAGACCGUGAUGCCUAUCCGGUGAAGGUGACUGCGGAAAGGGAUGGAAAGACAGAAGUGUUUGUAGCGAAAUAUGCACUGGCUUGUGAUGGGGCACACAGCGUUGUGCGCAAAGCCCUCGGAUACAAAAUGAUCGGAGACAGUACCGAUGCCGUCUGGGGUGUCAUGGACAUGAUACCCCGAACCAAUUUCCCGGACAUCCGAAAGAAGUCUACUAUUCGCUCGAACUCAGGAAACAUCUUGAUCAUUCCCCGCGAGGGCGAGAGCAACAAUCUCACAAGAUUCUACAUUGAACUUGCUCCAGGAACUAACCCCAAAGAGGUGACGCUAGAAAGCCUCCAAGCACAGGCGCAAAGUAUUUUCCACCCCUACAAGGUCGACUUUGUGGAGACAGUUUGGUGGUCAGCGUAUGCGAUCGGCCAGCGACAUGCCGACUUCUUCCACAAGGAUAAUCGGGUCUUCCUCGCCGGUGAUGCCUGUCAUACACACUCACCCAAAGCCGGCCAGGGUAUGAAUGUGAGUUUACAGGACGGCUAUAACAUCGGUUGGAAGCUCGGUGAGGUCUUGACUGGGCUGGCCAGUCCGUCACUUCUGGAGACCUAUGUCUUAGAACGAGAAAAGGUCGCGAUUGACCUGAUCAACUUUGAUCGUUAUUUCUCCAAGUUAUUUUCUUCUGGAGCGGCUACCUCUCCAGCUGAGUUCCAAGAAGGCUUCAUCAAAUGUGGUAAAUAUACUGCGGGCUUAACAGCGAAGUAUGAAGUUUCGCCCAUCACCUCUGCGCUGGAAUCAACAAAGCUUGCCUCAAACGUGGUCGUCGGCAUGCGGCUGCCCAGCGCACAGGUCGUGAGGUUCUGUGACUCUAAGCCUCAACAGCUGAUGAAGGCUUUGAAGUCUGAUGGCCGAUGGCGUAUCAUGGCCUUUAUGGGCGACUUGGCUGUACCAGAAAACCGCUUGAAGCUCAACAAGUUGGGAGAAUAUUUGGCCGCAGCUGAUGGGCCUAUUCACACAUUCACACCCAAGAAUCAAGACACUGACAGCCUUAUUGAGACCAUCUUGGUCGGUCAUGGAAAGCGUCAUGGUGUUGAGUUAGAGCAAAUUCCCGAGUGCUUCUACCCAGUCUCUGGAAAAAACCAAACAAGAGGUAACGCUCUCUUGGUUUCGGAUAUCUUUCCCAUUUCUAAUCUAGAAUUCUUAGAUCUACACAAGAUUUAUUACGACGACGAAAGCUACAACAGCGGCCACGGCCAGGCAUACGAACAUCUUGGCGUUGAUGCGGCACAGGGUGCUAUUAUCAUCAUUCGACCAGACCAAUACGUGUCCGCCAUUCUGGGCCUGGAUGACUAUCCGGAAGUCGGCAAUUUCUUUUCUGGUUUCCUUCAACGCCAAUCAUAA